CAGGGGCGGACUGACAACUCAUGGGGCCCCCGGGCAAUAGGGGAUCAUGGGGCACCUGUGUCCUUGCCCAAACUCAAAAAAGCCUAUGAAAAAGGUACCAGGGGCAUCUCAUGGGGCCCCCUACGGACCCCGGGCCCUCGGGCAGUGCCUGAGUUUCCAAAUGGUCAGUCCGCCCCUGGUACUGACUGAAGAUAAAACAUUUACAAAGACCUACUAAGUACUACAAGCAAUCUCAAAUAGCCCUUGUGGCAAAUCAUAGACAUGACCCUUUUUAAGCUUAUUUAUCAACCAGUCCAAUUUCUUUAUUUUAUUUUAAUUUUG